AAGCGCUUCUACUUGCUUUACCACCAUCCGCAACAUCUCCGUCAACCUGGCAAUAUGAUCAAUUACAUCCUUCUCGUCUCUCGGCAAGGGAAAGUACGACUCGCGAAAUGGUUCCAGACAAUGCCACAGAAGGCGAAGGCCAAAAUCGUGAAGGAUGUUACGCAGCUCGUCCUUGCCAGACGAACAAGGAUGUGUAACUUCCUGGAGUACAAGGACACGAAGGUCGUAUACCGUCGUUACGCUUCCCUGUUCUUCGUUUGUGGUAUCGGCUCGGAGGACAACGAGCUAAUUACACUCGAGAUCAUUCAUCGUUAUGUGGAGGUGUUGGAUCGAUACUUCGGCAAUGUGUGCGAACUUGACUUGAUCUUCAACUUCCAGAAGGCUUUUGCAAUCUUGGAUGAGCUCAUCAUAGCCGGAGAGCUCCAAGAGUCAUCGAAGAAGUCCGUCUUACGGGUGGUGACACAAUCUGAUAGUAUUGAAGAGCAGGAGAACAGUGAGGACACGAUGGCAAGGCUAGGCAGCCUAGGUUCUAGAGCGGCAAAGCAGUGGACAACAAGGAAAUGAUGCAAGGAAGUAGAAGAUCAUACAUGAGUGACAAAGCGAUGGGUAUACAAGAUCCUGCGUAUAUUUUUUCCGUUUCAAGACUACAGUACGUCGAUAGCUGUAUCGUUCGAAGGUGUUGAUGCUAUUUUCGGUUUGUUUAACAUGUAAUAUCGCACGAGAUCCAGAGUAGCGACGGAGUCUUCAACGGAACUGUGUCCAACAGUGGCACCGCCGCUUUGAAUUGUCCGCUGUAGAUGUUCCUUGACUCUGCAACGGUGUUCGAGUAGCUAUUCAAACAAAUUUAAAUGAAAGACUCACAG